AUGGCGCUGGCCGAGCCCGAGCCGCGCUCGGCGGCCGCGGGGGGCGUGUCCAUCCAGGUGUGUCCGUCUGUCCGUCCGAUGGCGCUGGCCGAGCCCGAGCCGCGCUCGGUGGCCGCGGGGGGCGUGGCCGGGCCCGCUCGGCCGCUCUUCUGCCGCCGGGGGGCGCUGCGGCACAAGGUGGUGCACGAGGUGAAGAGCCACAGGUUCACCGCCAGGUUCUUCAAGCAGCCCACCUUCUGCAGCCACUGCACCGACUUCAUCUGGGGCAUCGGCAAACAGGGCCUGCAGUGCAUGGUUUGCAGCUUCGUGGUUCACAAACGCUGCCACGAAUUUGUCACCUUUGAAUGUCCCGGGGCCGGGAAGGGACCCCAGACUGAC